GAUGAAGAGACUGUUCUUUUCCUUCUCCAAACUCAAAUAUUCUACCAUUGCAUGCGCUGCAUUGAAGUUGGCACUGGACUGUCAAAAACUGUGGCCACAUUCAUAAUGGAGAGGAUUCUGAUGAGUCCUGAGGGACAGAAGUACUGCUGCGCUUUCCAUGAUCGUUUUUUCGUAAUCACUCAAGCUCUUACCAAGAUGCUCGACAGGAUUACUACAGAAGAGCCUUCCCUCCGGCUGCUUAAACUUAUCGUUCGUUGCUGUAUGAGGCUCGCAGAAGGCCAAAAGGACGCUGACUACAGAAAGUUGUGUCUUCCUAAGAGCUUGAAGGAUCCUAAAGUCAUUAACCUCAUCGCUGACGACCCAACAUCCAUGGCAUGUAUGAGACGACUUGUUCAGUGUCUUACAACUGCGAGAAGGGCUCCUCCGACAGACGCAGGCGCGGAGGUUGAAAACGGGCACCCGGUGAAGACUGAACAGGAGUAGCAGACGAACCAUGUUAUCAUCACCCAUGGUGGUCAAUCCCCACCACAGAUGAAAUACCAAAACCAUGCAGACUGAAAACUGUUGUAAUAUGUUGCUUCUAAUGUGCACUUUGUUUUCGUUGUUGUAAUUUUACUUUUAAACUGUAUCAUGUUACUAGUGCUUGUACUUGUUGUCGAACUGCUGUAAAAUGUUCUUCCUAGACCGAAAUGUACCUGU